UGCCUGAGCUGGGGCGGGCUGAACAUUCCCCCGGCUCCUGGAGCGAGCAGCCUCCGGGAGCCAGUGCCUUUCGGCCCCCUCCAAACGUUGCCAAGGGCGCACCGGGACCAAGCGGGUAGCUCCGGGCGCGAACCGGCUGCGAACUUUCCUCCUGCAAGCGCGGCGGAGGGAGGCGGGGCGCCAGGCGUCCACCUUCCACUGAUUGGCCGAGCCCAUCGGUGGGCGUGGCUGGUGGGCCGAGUUCAGUCUGCUUGGAGCGGGAGAUGCGCGCUGACCGGCCGGUCCGCGCAGGAGCUGCUGGGCCUGAAGGCGCCACGCCAGCCGUGAAGGAGGGCGGCGGCCCCCGAGGUGCCGAGGGGGCUGCUCCCGGGCCCCCCAGUAAGUCCAGGCGUGAUGUGACUAGCGAGAUGGUGCGGGCCUCAAGCGUGCUAGUGCUGGAUGAGCCGCAGAGCCUCUCCGUGCAAGCGUUUGGGCUGAGAGACACCCUCAUCAGGUCCCGGCUGGUGGAGCAGGAGGAGUCGUACACCCACCUCCAGGGCUUCAAGUUUUUUGCUGGAACGUACAACGUGAAUGGCCAGUCGCCCAGAGAGAGCCUCCAGCCUUGGCUGAGCCCAGACUCUGGCCCUCCAGAUGUUUUCUGUGUGGGCUUCCAGGAGCUAGACUUGAGCAAAGAGGCCUUUUUCUUCAACGACACACCCAGAGAAGAGGAGUGGUUUAGAGCCGUGACAGAGAGCCUGCCCCCGGGGGUCAAGUAUGCCAAGAUAAAACUCGUUCGGCUGGUGGGGAUCUUGUUGCUGCUCUACGUGAGGACGGAACUGGCAGCGAGCAUUUCUGAGGUGGAGGCAGGGACUGUGGGGACGGGGAUCAUGGGCAGGAUGGGCAACAAGGGCGGGGUGGCCAUCAGCUUCAGGCUCCACAACACCUCUGUGUGCGUGGUGAAUGCCCACCUGGCCGCCCACCCGGGGGAGACCGAGCGGCGAAACCAGGACUUCCAUGACAUCUGCGCUCGCAUGCAGUUUGGCCCGCCGGACCCAGGCUUCCCGCCCCUUGCCAUCCGCCAACAUGAUGUCAUCUUGUGGCUGGGGGACCUGAACUACAGGUUGGACGAGGCAGAUCCUGAGCGGGUGAAGAGGCUGGUGGAGGCAGGCGAUUUCCAUGCUCUGCAGCAGUAUGACCAGCUAAAGACUCAGAUGGAGGCCAGAAUAGUGUUUGAUGGCUUCACAGAGGGAGACAUUUCCUUCCAGCCCACUUAUAAAUAUGACCCGGGCUCUGAUGACUGGGACACCAGUGAGAAGUGCCGUGCUCCUGCCUGGUGUGACAGGAUCCUGUUUAAAGGGGAAACGGUGUCUUUGCUGAGCUACCGGAGCCACAUGGCUAUGAGGACCAGUGACCACAAGCCAGUCAGCGCUGUGUUCGACAUUGGGGUGAAGGUGGUGGAUGAGGGUCUCUAUCGAAAAGCCUUUGAGGACAUUGUGCGCUCCCUGGAUAAGAUGGAGAACGCCAGCAUCCCGUCCGUCACCCUCUCCAAGAGGGAGUUCCUUUUCAAGGAUGUGAAGUACAUGCAGCUUCGGACAGAGUCCUUCACUGUCCAGAACGGGCCGGUGCCUUGCCAGUUUGAGUUCAUCAGCAAGCCUGACGAAGAUGCCUACUGCAAGCCGUGGCUGAGAGCGAACCCCAGCAAGGGCUUCCUGCUGCCAGAGACCAAGGUGACGGUAGAACUGGAGCUGUUUGUGAAUAAAUCCACCGCCCCCAGCCUGAUCUCCGGAGAGGACAAGCUGGAGGAUAUCCUGGUGCUUCAUCUCGACCAGGGGAAAGAUUACUUCCUCUCCGUGUCGGGGAACUACCUGCCCAGCUGCUUUGGGUGCCCCAUCCAGGCCCUGAUCCACAUGCGGGAGCCCAUCCGGGAAAUGCCGCCAGAAGCCAUCAGGAACCUGAUCCGGAGGCCCUUGCCGCUUGGAGACUGCAGUGCCCUCUGGGAAGAAAAGCCCCUCGACAUCCCCAAGGAACUGUGGAUGAUGGUGGACCACCUCUACCGCAACGCUUGCCAGCAGGAAGACUUGUUUCAGCAGCCGGGCUUGAGGGCCGAGUUUGAACAGAUCCGCGACUGCCUGGACACGGGGAUGAUGGACACCCUUGUUGGUUGCAAUCAUUCUGUGGCUGAAGCCCUUCUCCUGUUCCUGGAGAGCCUUCCUGAGCCUGUUGUCUGCUACAGCCUUUACGAGAGCAGCCUGGAGUCUGCAGACAGCUACCUGCUGAGCAGCCGGGUUGUUUCCGUGCUCCCCAAAUGCCACAAGAAUGUCUUCAGCUACCUGAUGGCCUUCCUGCGAGAACUGCUGCAGCACUCCAGCAAGAACCGCCUGGAUGUGCAUAUUCUUGCGAGCCUCUUUGGGGGCCUCCUGCUGCACCCCCCUCCUGGUCUGCCCAAGUCAGGCCUCGCCGAGAAGCAUAAGGCUCAGCGGUUCAUCCGACACUUUCUUCUUCAGGAAGGGAGCACCCUGUGAAGGUGGCCUAUUUGUCAUUUUAGAGCCAGUUCUUGUGUAAGCACAUUUUUGUAUAUUCAGAACCUUUCAGUCUAUGAAAGCAUUUUUAGGUGAAGAGAAGCACAGACAUUUUAAUUCUGUAACACGGGUCAGAUGCAAAGCAUAAUAGCAGCAUUACAGCCUUUUAAAUCUUACAGUGCAUUUUUCAUAUUAAAUGUAUACACUGUA